UUGUGUUGUUUUUGAAGUGGGGAUUUACCCCAUUUUUCAGUAGCUUCAAUCCCCAUGAGGAGAAGGUUCUCAAAAAUGAUGAUUGCUCUGAUCGAGACCGGGUGCUUCAACCCCCCUACUAACAUGCACUUGCGACUCCUGGAAACAGCCAAGUACUCCCUUGAACAAGCAGGUCACACAGUGAAAGUCGGGGUAAUCAGUCCUGUGCACGAUAAAUAUGGUAAGAAGAGUCUCAUAUCUGCCGAGCACCGGUUAGCUCUGAGUCAUCUGGCUUGUAAGAGUUCAAACUGGAUCAGAUGCGAGGACUGGGAGUGUAAACAGGAGGGCUGGAGCAAAACUGUGGAUGUUUUGGAUCACUACAGUACAUAUCUGCAGAAAGAGUUUCCAGGAAUCAACUGUCGGUUUCUGUGUGGAACAGACCUUCUGCUUUCGUUCAACACACCUAAUCUCUGGUUGGACGAUCACAUCACGCGCAUUUUAACCAAUCACGGCAUUGUCUGCAUGGAGAGAAAAGACAACGACGCUUCCAAGCUACUCGAAACACACCCGAUAGUGAAUAAGUUUAGAGAUAAUAUCAUGAUGGUGUCCAGUGAUAUUGAAAAUGACAUUAGCUCAACAUUGGUUCGAGAAUUGGUAGCGAAGGGAGGCUCAGCUAAGUAUUUAGUCCCAGAAGAAGUCAAUGAUUACAUAAUCGAGAACAAAUUGUACAAAAACUCUUAAUGUUAACAAUAGUUAGAAGCAGUAAAUUUGAAAAAUAUUUUUUUAAGUGUAGCAGUUUUUAGUCACUUGCACUGUGAUAGUUCUCGAAAAAAUUCGAAAUCAUUCAAA